GUUCUUAUCCUGACACCACUUAUGGAUGCUGCGUCAUAUUUUAACAGCUACUUCAGCAACCUGUCGAGUUUGGAAUACCCCAAGGAGUUGAUUUCUCUCGGAUUUCUUGUGUCCACCACGACGGACGAUGGUCAACAGGAUUCAACCCUAUUGGCGCUUCAACCGUACAUCUCGUUCUUGAAAGCCACUUCGUCAUAUAGGAGGAUUACCGUCCUGCAGCAGGCAUCCCAGCCCCUUGGUUACACGCAGGAUGGGAGGCACGCGUAUGAGGUGCAGGAAUCCCGAAGGAAAGUGCUUGCCCAAUGUCGAAACGCGCUUUUGAGCUCGACUUUGAUGGAUGAAUCAUGGGUGCUGUGGCUUGAUGUGGAUGUAAUCGAAUAUUCUCCGGAUCUGCUGCUCAAUCUUAUGCGGUUAGACAAGGACGUAGUUGCGCCGAACUGCUUUCGAUCUGAGCAUGGUUGGCUAACUACUAGGAGCGUACCAUAUGACCGCAACAACUGGUUUGAGACCACAGAAUCCAUGGCAAUCCAGCGCGUCCUAGAUGGGGAUGAAUUUCUCUUUGAGGGCUACGGUGGCGAUCACAGCACGUAUCGCCAAUCUAUGGCCGAUUUGGACUCACACGUCCACACGCUGGUGCCUCUCGAUGGAGUCGGGGGAACCUUCACGCUGGUCAAGGCAGUAGUCCACCGGGCAGGCAUCAACUUCCCCACUCAUCCCGUGGACCACGCGAUCGAGACUGAAGGUUUUGCCAAGUGGGCGAAGCAGGAAGGCUUCUCUGUGUUUGGUGCACCAAACCUUAUUGUUCGACAUGCUUGAAUUCGCAAGCCACGCCACAAAAAAAUAAUAAAGGAAAGAGCUGUAGAUGUCAUGCUCCAUGAACGCCC